AGAAUAUAAAAAAAAUUAUUACAAAACAGUUUACAUUAAAAAAACAAAAAAAUUAACCAUAGUUCAAAAAUGAUGUAACAAAUGAUUUCAUAAUUAACCACCAAUUGAUUUUUGUAAAAUAAUAUGAUCUCAUUCUCUACUGAAUAGUGUUAGAAAAAAGCAUUUUAAAUGUCUAAAAUAUAUAUAAAAAUUACUAAAUAAGAGCUUACAAAAAUUUCACAACAAAAAACAAAAGAAUAUUGUCCAAGAAUUACAGGAGAAUUAAAGAAAAAUAAUUUUUAAUUAAAUUUAUCAAAAAUAUAAAAUAAAAAUGAAAAUGUUACCGAUACCAUUAUCAUUAGGUGGACCACCAUUAGAUAUUUGGAAUAAUGUAUUAUGGCGGUAUCCACCAGCACCGCCAAGUCCAUUAGCUGAAUUAAAAACACAAUUACCGCCACAAUUACCACCAGAUCCAAGAUUAUGGAAUCGUAAUGAUGUAACGGUAUUUUUACGUUUUUGUGAACGUGAAUUCGAUUUACCAAAAUUCGAAUUAGAUCUCUUUCAAAUGAAUGGCAAAGCAUUAUGUUUAUUAAAUCGUACAGAUUUUGGUGAAAGAUGUCCAGGUGCCGGUGAUGUUUUACAUAAUGUAUUACAAAUGUUAAUGCGUGAAUCACAAAUGAUGCAUCGUCAUUUACCAAGUAGUCCAGUAACACCAACAUCACGUUAUCCAUUAUCACCGCAUAGUCAGCCUCCAACACCAAAUUGGGCUCAAUUAGCACCACCAGAAUCACCAUUUCAUAAUGCUCAUUUGCAUCAUUUUAUGCAACCGAAUUCAGUUACAUUAAGUCCAGCACCAUCAAUUGAUUCACAAGCAAGUAGUCCACCACAAAGUAAUGCACAAGAACAACAACCGAAUGCAUCAUCAACAUCAUCUUCAUCAUCAUCAUCAUCGACAUCAUCUUCAUCAUCAUUAGUAUCUGGAUCAAUGAAUGGUACAAAUUCAAAUAAUGUAAUUAAUUCGUCAAUACAACAACAGCAACAACAACAACAGCAUCAACAACAAAAUUCAAAUAAUGUGUUCUCAUCAAAAAAUAAUAAUGGUACAAUAAAUAGUAAUAUUAGCCAAAUAAAUCCAACAAGCUCAAGUAGUAAUCAAUCAGAUUCAGAUGAUGAGAAUUUUAAUUGUAAUAACAAUAUUAGUAAUAGCAAUAAUAAUAAUAGUAGUGUAUUACCAACUUCAACAACUUCAAAUGGUAAUGUAAGUACAACAACCAAUAAUAAUACACAAAAUAACAAACAUCAUCAUCAACACCAUCAUCAUCAUCAUCAGCAGCAACCUCCACAAUUACCAAUGCAAUCAAGUCCUCCACCAACACCAACAUUAUUAAAAGAUAUUAAGCCCAGUUUAUCACAACAAUUGACAAAUGUUAUGAAUUCUUGGUCACAACAAAAUCAUUCGUUACAAAUUAAAAAUGAAAAUCCAAGUAGCGGAUCUGUUUCUGCACCAUCAACGCCCGGUUAUAUGCCAGUGAAAAGAGAAUUUUUCCCAGAUACACCGGAACCAAAUACAAAUGGCAGAUUAUUAUGGGAUUUCUUACAGCAGUUACUGAAUGAUCCAGCACAAAGAUACAGUAAUUAUAUUGCAUGGAAAUGUCGUGAUACAGGUGUAUUUAAAAUUGUUGAUCCAGCUGGUUUAGCAAAAUUAUGGGGUAUUCAAAAAAAUCAUUUAUCAAUGAAUUACGAUAAAAUGUCCAGAGCUUUAAGAUAUUAUUACAGAGUUAAUAUUUUAAGAAAAGUGCAAGGAGAAAGGCAUUGUUAUCAAUUUUUACGUAAUCCAUCGGAAUUGAAAAAUAUAAAAAAUAUCUCAUUACUUCGACAAUCUGUUGCGAAUUCAACUAGCAAUAUACCAUCUUCACCAUCAGCAACAUCCGCAACAUCGAACAAUCUAUCAAAUUCCAAUAGCAAAUUAGAUUCGCAAAAUACUCAACAAAAUCAACAUCAUCAACAAUCCCAACACAAUCAACAUCCAAAUUCCGAUUCACGUCAUUCUCCCAUACAUAUGGCGCAAUCAUCACCGCAUCAUUUAUCUGCCGUCCAUCAUCAUCAUCAAUUGGUACAACAUCAACAGCAAAAUGGCACAAGUAAUAGUAAUCAAUUGGGCUUGCCAAAUCUAUCACAAAUAACCUCAACUUCCCCAGUAUCUGCUUAUGGGCAACCACCAACUUCACCUCAUUUUUUACAUGCAAUUCAAGAUGCUUUUUUUGCUGCAACAUUAGCAACUCAACAACAACAACAACAGCAGCAACAACAACAACAACAGCAACAACAAGCUCAAUAUCAACCUCCACAUUCACCAGCACUGCCACCAACACCAAGUGAAAAAUUACAAUUUAGUAGCUUAAAAAUAGAAUCGAAUUCAAAUGAUGGUAAUGAUGAUAUUCAACCAACUGAUUUAAGUGUACCAAAUGGUGAAAGAAGAUGGAAUGACAAUUAUAAUAAUUUUGCUGAUUGUUAUCCAUUAAUUCGUAAUUCAGAUGGUUGUACAACAAUAAAAUUAAUAAGAUAUCAAGAAAAUGGUUCACCAUCACCAUCAGGUACUGGUACAACAAAUGGUACAGCUGCAUCAACAUCAUCACCUUCAUCAUCGUCACCAAAUGGAACAUCAACAACAACACCAACAUCAAUUAAUCAACCACAUUCGCCAGGUGCUGUUAGUAAUGGUGAUAACAGAUUACAUUCAACAACAUCAAAUAGUAGUAGACAUUCACCAUCUCUAUCACCACAUAGUAAUACAUCAGAAGAUGUAAAUGUUGAUGAAAUGCCAACUGAUUUAAGUAAAUAAGAAAAUUAUUUUGUAUUUUAUAAGAAAUCAUUAUAAUUUACAAAAUAAUAAAACAAAAAGAAUUUAAUUAUAAAACAAAAAUGUUAGAAAUUUCUUAGGUCCAAAGCAGAUUUUUUGUUUUUUUAUUAGAAAAAUAUUAUCAAAUAUUAUUAUAUAAUGUUAUUAAAUAUAUUAUGAUGAAUAUUUUUUAAAAAAGAAAACAAAGGAAAAAUUAUGAAAAAGAAUAUUAAGUAGAAAAAGAAAAUAGAAGUAGAUAGAAAGGGAUGAUUAUGCAUUUUUUUUAUAAAAAUCAUAAUAAAUCUAAAUACAAUACGAAACAAAAUUGAAAUUAAUUAAUUAGAAUUCAUUAAAAAAUAUUAAUGAAAUGAUGACAAUUAUUAUUGAAAAAAAAAUUAAAAAUUACAGCAAAAACAAAAAUUAAAAAUAAAAUCAUAUAGGGGUUUAUUAAUUCGCCUUAAAUAUAAAAUGUAAUUAUAGAAUUUUUAUUUGAUUUAAAUUUUUUAUAUUAAUAACAAUAUAUAUUAUUAUUAAAUUGUAAAAAUACAAGGGAAUAACAAAAAAAAUUAAAAUAUAAAGAUUUAGAUAAAAUAGUUUAUAAUAUAACAAUUUAAUAAUUAAUUAAUUGAUCAUUUAUAAUAAAUAGAGAAAAUAAAUAAAAUUUAUAUAAUCUUAAUUUAAAAAAUUUAUAUAUAUAUACAAAA